AGUCGGGUACUUUCACGAGGUUUCUCAAACCCGAAUGCUCUAGGGUUUGGCAGUGUCUCCGCAUAACAAAAAUCAUGGCUUGCACAAUAGACUUUCGGUGCCUCGACGAGGGGUUUGGCGGCAAAACCUACAAGCGCAAAAGAGAGGCCCAGAGAAACGAUGUCGCGGAAGCUGACAACGGAGAUGCCAACGGUGCUUCCAUGGACAUCGACGACACUUGUCCUCCGCCAGCAAAGAGAUCAGCUGUGCCGUCCGCCGAUGACCCUAACAAGCCCGUGUUUGGCAAGCCUAGUUACGACGGGGUGAUAGCCGGGAGGGUCUCCGGUCGUAACUGGAAGCAGCCUAGGAAGCACAGGGCAUCGGCGGUUCAUGUGACUCGGAAGGGCACGACAUUUGAGCAGAGGGAGAAGGAGAAGCAGAUGAAGAGAGCCUACAAGGAGAGGAUGACGGAGUUGAAGGGGAUUAGAUUGAACAAAAUUGAGAAGAGAAAGAAGAGGGAAGAGAGGGAGAAGAAGAAGCAAGAGAAUAUUUUGAGAUCUGGUACUAAACUUCAGGUGAUUUCCAAUCCCAAGACGUUGAAGAAGAUUGCCAAGUCCAAGCAGAGGAAGCAGCUCAAAGUUGUUCCUGAUGAUAUGCUUAAGAAGUAGCUCUUUUCUCUAGUUGCCAUAGGGAGCUACAUCUAUACUGUUUCUUACAAGCGAAAUUUUGCCAGGAUGGUGAUAUGGAUCCUGUCAUUAUUUAGCAGCGAUUAAAAUGGUGCAUUAUCUGAUGAAAUUUUUGCUUUUAGUUUCUGUUCUUUGCUAUUCUGAUAAUUUUAUAUCUAGAUUGCUGUUUGGAAGUUC